GUGUGUGCGCGUGCGCGUGCGUGCGUGUGUCAGAACCAGGCUUAACACCAGCAGCUGCUUUCUGAACCACACGUUUGAGUUUGUAGGGUGAAGACCCCUGAGUGGAUACAACUGGAAUUAAAAAUACAACAAAUAAGUGUGUAUGUAUGUAUAUAUACCGGAGUGGUGAGGAUGAGGUCUGCUCUCUUCCUCGUCCUCCUCCUUUCCUCACUCUGCUCUCUCCUCCUGCUCUCCCACAUCCCGAUCAUCUCAGCCUGUAACAAAGCUCUGUGUGCCAGUGACGUGAGCAAGUGCCUUCUGCAGGGCCUGUGUCAGUGUCAGCCUUCAGAAGGAAAUUGUUCAUGCUGUAAAGAGUGUAUGCUGUGCUUGAACACACUAUGGGAAGAGUGCUGUGACUGUGUUGGCAUGUGUAACCCGAGGAACUACAGCGAGACUCCGCCCACUUCCAAAAGCACGGUGGAGGACCUCCAUGCCCCGAUCCCGUCACUCUUUAGAGCCCUCACUGAUGGAGACACUCCCAUUAACAUGAUGGUGGUGUCGUUUCCCGUGGCUGAGGAACUCUCGCACCACGAAAACCUUGUUUCCUUUCUGGAGUCUCUGGAGCAAGAACAUCAAAAUAUUUCUCUGUCUGGGACAAGCCUCCAUGAUACCUAUGAGAAAGAUAACCUAUGCACGGUGGUGUAUUUUGACGAGUGCUUGUCUAUCCGUCAGUGUAAGCAGUACUGUGAAUCGAUGGGUGCAUCAAAGUAUCGCUGGUUCCAUAAUGCAUGCUGCGAGUGCAUUGGACCUGAGUGUGUGGACUAUGGCAGCAAAACUGUCAAAUGUAUGAACUGUCUCUUCUGAAAGCACUCUCUCUCUCUCUCUCUCUCUCUCUCUCUCUCUCUCUCUCACACACACACACACACACACACAGAAUUGUGUUUCAGUAUCAAUUCUACGAUUUAUUAAUAUCAAUAUUGCAUAUUCUUUGGGUACGCUACAUCUUUACUGACCUUGUAUAUUAUUAACUUUAGUUGUUGAUGCUCUCAGCACAAAUGAAUAUGUGCUUAACCCUUUCCUGCUUGUGGAACCUUGUUAGACACUAGAUGGCGCUCUCUUACAGAAAAGCUUCCUGUUUAAUCACAUAGCUGAAAUAGAGAAAUCUAUUCCACAGACAUUUACAUUAAUCACAGUCUCACAUGUCUGUAUGCUUUUAUAGAGACCUACAGGUAAUACGUUACCAUGUGGUUCACUAAACUGACAUUAUUUCAUAUGAAAAAUUGAGCAAAACAGCUAAAAAAAAGACAAAUAAACAGCUGAACAAAUUUGUAUUUGUAUUAAUUGACUAAAGAAUAAUGAACUAAAUAAGUCAAAAUAUUAACCAGUGUUUGUAGCAUCAGUGAGUAAAAUUAAGCCAACAAGAAGAAAUUUAUAAGAAAUAAGAGUUUACAUUUGCAUCUCUCUCUUUUGCUCCAAUUGUUUACAUUGAUUUAUUUUCAUUCCUGGAUUGAUGAGCUGGCACUUUAGUCAAUCUCAGUGUAUUUCAUUAACAUUUAAACAGUCAUUGUUUUCUACCAAAAUUCUCAAUUCUGAUUGGUCAGAAAAUGUUGAUUUAUUUGCCAUGACAGCAGCUCUGGUAAUAUUUCUAGCUGAAAGACAAAUAACGAGUUUUUAUUAAUGCACUUGUACAAGUAGUUUUUUAUUUCUAGAUAGUACCAACUCGGUCACAGGGACUUGUAUAUCAGAUGCUCCACAUAAACCUGGGUCUGUAUUCAUGAACAUUCUUAGUGCAAAUAAUUGCUCCUAGUGACGUAAUUCUGUCUUAGAAAUGUGGGUUUUUUCCACUUAAGAUUAAAGAGAAGAUCCUAGUAAAGAUAUUAGUUAUUAUAGUAAAGAUAGAAGUUAUUCAUAAAGAAUCUUCACCCUUAAAAGAGCUCAUAAAGUCUUAUGAGUAGUGAGAGGGACAUUUAAGAGGCUUAAGAGUUUCUUUAGCAGUGGAGAAAAUGGCCAAAAGGUACAGAGAGAGAAGAAAUAUGUUGUAUACAAUAUUUAAUAAUGAUAAUGAGUUAAUAAAAUGAAUACAGAUUUGAUCAUAUAUAUAUAUAUAUA